AUGAUCUCAAGAUGCAUCCACUUCUUGCAAAUGGAACAGGAAUGGAGGCUGAAGCGAAGCGGGGAGCUAGAUGUUGGACGUUCCAGCCUCUCGAGGACGCAGGCUUCUCCCCAUUUCUCAGAUUUGACCGGGGAGAAGCUGUGGUCCCAGAGCAUGGCGGGGGGAGGCCUGGUGCGCGGUGCAGCGCGACCAUCGCGGCCUGGCGAGCGGGGCACGGCGGUCGUGGCGCUCUUGGGUGGCGCUCGAGGCGCGGGGCGCGAGGCCAGACCUGGCGCGGCGGGGUGUGGGGGGCGGGCAUCGGCGGAGCCCCCAGAGGAGAGCGGGGACAGGCAGGGGGGUGCCGAGGUAAUGGGCAAGGCCUGGGCGCCUGGCUGCGAGGGGCGGGGGCGCCCGGCGCACUUUGGCCCUGGCCCGGAGAGCGAGCCGGCGCCUGGGGCGGUGGGAGGGCAGCUGGGCGGGGAGCGCGGGUGGGUGGGGAGGGCUGGGCCGGGCCGGGGGCUUGGCCGGCGGGGAGCAGGUGGGCGGGGACAGGGGCCCUGCUGGAAGAGGCGCAGCAGCGAGGUGGCGGGCUGCGUGCGCAAGCAGGGCGGCCGCCUCCUGGGCCCGGAGAACGGUGAGGCCGUUUGGGUUGGGCGUCCCGGCCCCGAGGGCACGGUUUGGUGUCCAAAGCCACGGAGCUGGGCAUGGGGCACUGCUGGGGAGGGGGAGUCUGGAGGCCCGGCCGGCCAAGGCAUUGGGGUCCCCAGCAGACCCGGGAGAAGAGUGUGGCUGGGCCAGAAGCAGGAGUUGCUGGCCAGGGCGCUGGUGUUGAGUGAAGGACAGGCACUUUCAGGGUUCGCGUGA